AUGGUUGAAAACUUGGCUGAGCCUAAAUGUGUGCUUAUAACAGGUGGUUGUGGAUUUAUUGGAUCAAAUUUUAUAAAUUUCAUAUCUGAUCGCUGGAAAUCAACCAGAAUUGUUAACUAUGAUAAAUUAGCGUUUGGUGCUUCACCUAACCAUGUGGAGAAACGAAUUCGAGAUUCCGACAGGUACAUGUUCUUCGAGGCUCGUCUUGAAGAUCAAGAUAUCCUUACUAUGUGCCUUAACGACCAUCAUGUGGACAUGGUGAUUCAUUUUGCUGCCGUUACUCACGUUGACGAAUCAUAUACAGAUCGUAUUGGAACGAUUCGUGAUAAUAUUAUUUCGACAACUUCCCUGCUUGAGUGUGUCGUAAAUCGAAAUUAUAAGGGAGUGAGAAGACUUGUGCAUAUUAGCACUGACGAGGUAUACGGUGACUCAUUCGGCGAUAUAACACCUAAGACUGAGAACUCUUUGCUGAAUCCGACAAAUCCAUAUGCUGCCAGUAAAGCUGCUUGUGAAAUGAUUAUUCGCUCAUACGGGCAUUCAUACAGACUUCCUUACGUGAUUGUUCGUAUGAAUAACGUGUACGGACCACGUCAAGCUUGUACGAAGUUGAUUCCAAAAUUCACAAAAUUGGCACUUGAAGGCAAACCCUAUCCGCUUAUGGGAGACGGAUUGCAUAAGAGAAGUUGGAUGUAUGUAGAAGACUGUUCGGAGGCGAUAAAAAGAGUUGCUGAAAGUGGUCAACUCGGUGAAGUGUACAAUAUCGGCACCGACUUCGAAAUUACUAAUGUCGACUUGACACGGAAAAUUCAUAGCAUCGUCAAUAAAUUAAAAAAACGAGGAGAAUCAUCUCCUUCAUUCAUCCCGAUACCUGAUCGACCGUACCACGAUCGUCAAUACUACAUAGAUUUCUCGAAAAUCAAAAACGCGAUGGAUUGGCAGUGUACGACACCGUUCGAUGACGGUUUAUUGGCGACGAUCAAUUACUAUGUGAAACAAAACAAGCAAGGAAUAGUCACAUCUCGUCUUCAUGGAUGA